GACCGAAAGGGAGGAGAAGAAGCGGGCGGCGACGAUGACUAAGGGAAGGUUUUGCUUCUGAGAGGAGGGAAAGCACGACUGGAAAGAAAGUGGAUCACCUCCGGCGGCUGAUGUGGCUGGUGGGUGAGGUUCGGCUCUAUCUUUGUUUGGAUUCUGUUUUUCUGUCAUGAUACGAUGGGUUUUGUAUUUGGGAUCUUAGGACUGAUUUCGGCUAUGAAUUGGAGAAAUUGGGGUUCAUUUGUGGUUUUGGAUCCUGAAAUGGGAUUGUGGUUGGUGGUAAUUGUCUGUUUUUGGAUUUGGCAAGUUUGU